AUGAUUCUCAGCGUGAUUCCCAACACUACCAACUACCACACCAUCGCCGACCGUCGAUACCCACCCCGGCUGUCGCAAUGGCCAUACCGAGAGUAUGCACGCGAAGAGCCACCACCACCUUUGCCUCCACCACGUCAUAUCGACCUCAGAAGUGGACAAGACCCUGGCUGGCAAUGGGGUAACACAAACAGUCCAAGGGAUACCGGCUUUGGCGGAAAUCGGCUCGCCACAGUUAGACCUGGCUCGAGCUUAUACGGUGGAGCCAUAGGUAGCUAUCCGCGGGAGCCUUCGGUCGAUAUGUUUAGCCCUGCCCGCGAACCUUCCGUCUCUAGAUCUGUCGACGGUAUGAGCGAACACAGCAACACCAGCGAAGACGACCGUAGUAGCCAAAAUCGGCCAUCGCUCGGGAACCACAGACUCACAAGCGAGCGACAACUCGGUCAUAAAACCGUGCAGAACUCAUCGCAUGCCUACGAUAAGCAACUACUCUCGAAGAUCGGCGGCCCGAAUACACCCACACGAACAACCGCGCCUCCACUCUCCUCUGCCAACACUCACGACCCUGCCGCCUCCGAUACACACGCUCCUUCACACAAGCUCAAUGGCCAACUGAAGCCGUUGACUGUACCUACUAUAUCACCCAGUUACAACGGCUGGCGCAGUCCAGGUUUCGAUUCAGCGGAAUCACACAGGGCACGCUACGGUAGCAUCUCAACUCCAGGUCCUUUGGACGAGACAUCCUCUCAGCACCGCGGUAGUUACGAUCACAGCAUAUUUUCGGAUCCUGAGUUUAGUGGCAUGGAAGAGAAUGGAAUGCGUGAUUUGAACAUCAACGAACGUAGCCCUGCCGAGUCAGAGGACUAUCAGUUAGGCCCUAAGGGUGGCCUAAAACGGCGGGCCUCGUCGCCGCCCUCUGAAGCUGCGCGCGACGAUCGUCCCAUCCCAAGCGGCCAUAAUGAUCUCUAUCACCGCCGUUCUCAGCAAAUGUUGGUCAAUCGGAACUGCACAGCUUCGCGUUUCCAGUCCAACCCAAACUCGCUAUCCCCCACCGGGUCCGCAAGUCAACGCAGUGGUUCGAUCGGUUCUUCUUUCGGGUUUUCAACCGCUCCAAGCAGUAUGGCAAGUUAUUGCGGAGAUCAGCGCCUUUCGCCCAGUGCGUUGUCGCCUUUGGGCGAAACGGAGUUAGGCCCCGCCUCGCCAUAUGCAGCUAAUAGGUCGUUGGACCCUAGUCCCCGCGGGUCGUUGUCACGACCUCCACACCAACGAGGCUUCUCAGAGUCCGAGCAUCCGCAGAUACGAAAAAUGUCUACGGAAAGCAUGUUGCACUCACGACAGAAUUCAACCGCAAAUCGCAUACCAGGAGCUUACAUUUGCGAAUGCUGUCCCAAGAAACCUAAGAAAUUUGACUGUGAAGAUGAGUUGAGAGCACACGAGCUAGAGAAGCAGUACAUUUGCCAGUACUGUCCAAAUCGCUUCAAGAACAAGAACGAAGCCGAGCGUCAUCAGAAUUCUCUUCAUUUACGCCAACAUUCUUGGUCCUGCGCCACGCUUGCCGGUGUUCGUGCAGCUUUCCAUCCCUCACCUACUCGUCCAGCUAUGGCAGACGUUUGCGGAUAUUGCGGUGAAGAAUUCCCCAACCCUCCAGAUUGGGAAGCCCGAUCCGAGCAUCUGAAUCAUGUGCAUAAAUUUGGUGAAUGCAACCAAGCCAAGAAGUUCUUCCGCGCAGACCACUUCAGACAACACUUGAAGCAUAGUCAUGCCGGGACCAGCGGGAAAUGGACCAACAUGCUUGAAAACGCCUGCAUGAGAGACGAACCCCCGCCACAAGAGCGUGUUGGCUCGAUGGGCUCUAUAUCCGGCUCCUCAAGUUUAGCACCUAAGCCAGGUGUCAUUAACGAAACACAUGAUGAAGCAUAA